AUGGAGUCAAGUAUAUGUAGUCGUUUCGUAGUCACCAUUCGACAGACAUCCAUUGAUAUGUACCUUCUACACAGAUACCACGAUACCCUUAAUAACAUCUUGUUUCAAAUUCCGCAAAUACUAGGCGACAUUUGCCGGAAUACCCACCUUUCUGCUGUCAAGUUCAACAUCGAUAUUGAACCCCAACCGAGCCAAGGCUGCGUACACUUUGGCCUUUCUUCACUGAUCACUGACCAGCUACAUGUCAUGGACGGUUUUCGGAAUGUUUGA